GAGGGGGAGGGGGGGGAGGGGGAAGAAAGAGACCGUGCGUGUAACGGAAAGCUGCUUUGGACAGAUUCUGAACUCGCAAGGGGCGUCGGGCUGAUCCGGAGGGAGGCCGCGUGAAAUUUUUAGUGAGCAACCGAGCAGGCGAACGAGGAGGCGACCGCUCAUGGCGAACCAAAGCGACCUCGCCGAGGAAAGCCGAGAGGACCGCAGUACGGGGUGGACAGACGACGGGGCAGCCGAGACGGGGCGUCGUUCGGCGGACGAGUCGAAGAUCUUCACGGCCGUAAAUCCGGCGGCGGGCCGUGAGGAGGCCACGGCUCGAGGGGAGAAGAGGAUAUUAAAGGAAACGAGCGCGCCGGGAUGUUCGUCCGAGAGGGCGAAUAAAUCAGCCCGAGGGGAGAAGCAAGCGGCGGACUCGACGACGACGAUGAGCUCCGCGGAAGGAAAGCCCGGUAAGCCGGCGAGGCCGCGUCACCGUCCGUUCUGCGAGCUGCUCGGCAAGCGGGAGCAACGACGGGAGCAGCUGGGCAAGCUGGAGGGCGAGCUGCGGCAGCGGCUGGACGUGCUGGAGUGCUCGAUACCGGCGGUGAUGGCCUGCAAUGUCUGGAGGAUGACCCAGGGCGCGCCCGCCUGCGCGGCCAGGCGCCUCCUGGAGCAGUGCUUCACGGCGGCGAGCGAGCUGCCGUCCGCGUGCUCCAGCCCGAGCCGCCAUUACGACUGCCGGGUGCGGGAGGUCGAGGCCGAGAGGAAGCUGGCGCUGAAGAAGGCGGAGGAGGCGCGGGCGCUCUGGACCGAGAAGGCCCAGGCGCUGGAGGAGCGGGAGCGCGAGGUCGAGAAAGCGCGGAGGAUCCAGGCGGCGCAGGAGGACGCGAUGGGGCGGCUGAACGAGGAGCUGGAGGCGCUGCGCGCCGCCGUGGAGAAGGAGGAAGCGGAGGACGGGGAGUGCGCCGGCGACGAGCGCUGCGGGCGGCGCUGGCUCGGCAGGGUGGCGAGCGUCGCGUCCGUCGAGUCCGGGGACCUCCGGUGCCUGGAGAAGCUACAGUAUCUAGCGGAGGAGGAGCUGCUCGUGAAGAGGGACAUCGCCGAGCUGGAGCGCCGCGAGGACACCUACAUGAGGACGCUCCAGCGUGCCGACGAGCUCUGGUCCAAGGUGGAGGGCGACGAGGCGAGCGUGCUCCAGGAGCAGCUGGACACGAAGACCGCGGCGAACCAGCAGCUGGCGACUCGCGUGUGCGAGUUGGAGGACGCGCUGGAGAAAUGCAGAACGAGGAUGGCGGCAUGCCGUGGUGAGCUGGAGAAGUUUCUCAGCAUCGAGAAACUCGAGGCGGCGAUCGGCCGCGACGACGACGUCGCUCGAGUGACGGACAUGGAGGUCGCGGUGAGACCGAGGGUGGCGCAUCGACCGGUCGGCCGGCUGGACGACGUAGCCACGGUGGAGGACGGCGAGGUGUUCGCGGCGGUCCCCGUCGUAGACGAGGAGGUAUCGGCUGUGACUGUCGCGGUGGACGCCGCGGUGGACGCUCAGGCGAUUCCUCGCGGGGACGACAAGUACGUAUCGGUCAAACCCGAGUCGGCCGACCUCGCCGUUGAGCGCCAGGUCGACCUCGCGCCGGUCGAGCCGGAAGACGUCGACUCCGAGCAGCGGGAGUACCGAGAGAUGGAGGAGUACCUGGCGCAAUUGGGCUCCUUGGAGGAGCUCUACGAGGACGACGGCGAGGCGUGUCCGCCCGAGGUCGUGUGCAACGGCGUGGUAACCUCGCCUACCGGGAUGAUGGAUGACGAGGAGCUGCUCGCGAUGGGCUUGGAGCCUGCGGAGGCGCGACGGAAGUGGGAAGAAACGGCGGAGAUCCUGAGUCCUCGUGUCGAGGCCGCCGGGAGGACGCAAGAAAGGGCCGCGGCUGACGGGCCGAUAGCGAUGCCGGAAGUCGGGAGACUCGACGCCGACCAGGACGUCGUGAUAAAGCGAACCGAGGUGUUAGCGUGGGUCGACAAGAUCGAUAUGAUUCGCGCGAAGAUAGCGGUACGCGCACGAUAAGAAUGGAGGCAGCGGCGCGCGGCUGUGCGAAUACGCCGAAAUCGCAUAAUAUUCUGAUUAAUGCAGCAACGUCGACGUUACAAUAUCAAUAUUAAUAUCGGAAUAUUCAUGCGAACAUAAUACUACUGCGAAUAUUAAUGCUCGUGAAUAGUGCAUUCGCUACGUGAUCACUGUGUAUACACACUCGCCCUUGGAGGAAACACUGAAACUGUCGUGUCUGCUUUCUUCAGAGGUAUCCCGAGCUGCGGACAGUGAGAAGGGAAGCCGACAUCCUGGCCGAGCAGAUCGGCGCCCACGUCGGGGUAAGAGACUGGCGCGAGAUACCGUAGAUACUUUUCCCGUCAUCCGCGUGAUUUCUAGAUUGUCACUCUUGCCACUUGGCAGCGAAUGAGCGAGAAAUCUGGCGAAAGUUUGAGAUUGCUUUGGAACUGAUCGAUCGUGUUUCACGAGUUGCGAGACUGCGAGGCUGCGACUACAUUAUUAUUCCAUUAGGUAAAACCUAAAGAAGUGGCGCUGCACGAAGCGGAGGCGAGGCUCGGUGAGG